AACAAAUGACACUAUAGAGAACUGAUUUCCAGGCCCUCCCUCCUGUCACAUCUUCAACCAUCGUUGUCUCACGUCCUACCUUAGAAAAUGCAGGAAAUUGUGAUUCAUUUCUUUUAAUCUAUGCCCUUCUUCUUGCCUCAAAGCAUACAAACACCUCUAACACAGCCAUCAGUGCCCAAGAUAACCACCACACACCACACCGACACAGAAGCCAUUUGCUACCACCACUACUUCUAACACAUCCACUGCAACAUCAUACUUCGCGUGAUCAGGAGACCGGCAUGGAAGUGGAGUCGGUUGAAUGCGAGUGCUGCGGGCUACAAGAGGACUGCACAGAUGACUAUAUAAGCAGCGUGAAAAAGGAUUUUGAUGGCAAGUGGCUGUGUGGACUUUGCUCUGAAGCUGUGAGAGAUGAGUUGAGCAGGGGUAAAAGGAAGGGCCAUGGGGUGGAUGAGGCCAUAAGGGCUCACAUAUCAUUCUGCAGGAAGUACAAGUCAAAUCCAGCAGUUCGGGUGGCUGAUGGGAUGAAACAGAUGCUGAGGAGGAGGUCUGGGGAAUUGUCGAAGAGUGCAUUGAUAAAGAAACAUGGAUGAAUGUCAAGCACAGGUAGAAGAUGAGUUGCUGGUUGAGUAGAUGAUGGCAGAGGUGAUGGAGAUGGUUAUGCGAAUCAAGGUGAAGGAACAGCAAAUGAGGAGAAAACACAUGAUAGGAUGGAGGGUGAAGCAGUUAUGUAAUCCAAAACAAUUUGUAAUCCAAUAUUUUUGUGCAACAUGUAAUAUUUUAGACUACAAAUCAUCCACUUGUUGCAUAUAAACAAUCAAAUAUUUGCAGAUGGAAAUGAUGGAUGUGUGUUUUUUUGUAGAUAGC